AUGGAGACCUCGCUGGACUCUGCCGAGCAAAACAUGGCGACGUUCCAGCGCCGGCGGCCCGACGCAAACUCCCGGGAGCUGCCCAACUUUGUGAAGCGGCUGGAAGACCAGUUGCUGCGCUCGGCCAACUCCAAGGCGCGCGCGGGGGAGGAGUAUGGGGACCUGGCUACGCUGGAGGCGCGCUUGCAGGUCGUUGCGCGGCGCGUCGCGCAACAGUCGCAUCAGGCGCGCAGCGCGGCCGCCGCCGCCGCCGGCAACGGUGGCGGGCCGGCGCCGGGCGCGGGCAGCGCGUCGCCGGUGGUGACGGCCUACCACCCGCCCGGCACGCCGCAGAUGGAUGGCGGGGCCCAGCAGCAGCAGCAGCAGCAGCCUAUGAUGAUGAUGGGGGGCGGGCUGCCAGGCCAGCCGCCGCCGCAGCAGCAGCAGCCUUAUGGGCUCCACUACCAGCAGGGCAUGGUGCCGGCCAGCAUGGGCAUGGCGAUGGGCAUGGGCAUGCAGGGCAUGUUCAACUUGGGCAUGGGAAACGGCGGCCUCGACGGGCAGCAGCAACAGCAACAGCAGCAGCAGCAGCAGCAGCAGCAGCAGCAGUAUGGCGGCGGCGACCUCAAGCUGGAGCAGGGCGGGCUGAAGGUCGAGGCGGCCGCCGCCAACGGCCUGCCGGCUGGCAUGGUGCCCAUAGAUCAGGGCAUGGGGGGCGGCAUGUACGGCCAGCAGCAGCAGCAGCAGCAGCAGCCGGGCGCUGGGAUGAUGCCAACACCUGGGAUGAUGCCAACCCCCGGCAUGAUCCCCGCGCCAGGCGGCCCGCCUGGCAUGGGCAUGGGCGCGGGGCAGCAGAUGGGCAUGGGCGGCGCCCCGCAGCUGAUGAGCAACGGCGCGCCGGUGCUGCGGAAAGACCAGUGGGGCGGCGGCGGUGGCGGCGGCAUGGUGCCUGUUGGUAUGGGCGACAGCAUGAUGGGCGGCAUGAUGGGGAUGCCCGGGCACUACGGCAUGCCGCAAGGCAUGAUGCCGACCCAGGCGCCGCCUGGGUUUAUGCCCACGUCAGCAGCGGGCGGCAUGGUGCCCAUCGGUGGGGGCAUGGGCGGCGGCAUGGGCGGCGGCAUGGUGCCGGUCAACCAGGGGCCGAUGGGCGGCGCGCCUGGCGGGAUGGUGCCCAUGGGCGGACCCGCCAUGGUCAACGGCAUGGGCGGCGGGAUGGGAGGCAUGGGCGGCAUGAUGCCGGUCGCCAACGGCCCCACCGGGUACGUGGUGCCUGGCCAGGCGCCCGGCGUCGGCGGGAUGGUUCCCGUGGGCGGAGCGCCGCAGGAUCCCUUGGCAGCCGCCAUACAGCAGCAACAGCAGCAGCAGCAGCAACAACAGCAGCAGCAAAUGGUGCCGCAGGCCUCCGGCUCCGCGCCGCAGGGUCAGCCGGUGCCCCAAGGGCAGGUGCAGCAACAGCAGCAGCAGCAACCGUCACAACAGCAGCAGCAGCAGCAGCAGCAGCAGCAGCAGAUGCAGGGGCGCACCCAGUACAUCCAGAAGCAGCAGCGCUGGCUGCUCUUCCUGCGCCACUGCGCCAAGUGCACCCAGACGGAGGCCGAGUGCCAGUUCAGCCGCAGCUGCCGCGUGGGCAAGGAGCUGUGGCAGCACAUCCUGCAGUGCACCAAUGUGAAGUGCGCCUACCCGCGCUGCGUCAGCUCGAAAGACCUGCUCAAGCACCACCAAAAGUGCCAGAACCCGGCCUGCCCCAUAUGCACGCCGGUGAAGGAGUACGUGCGGCGCUCGCGGAACCACAGCGGCGGCAGCGGCGCCGCGUUUGAUGCGCCCGGCCCCAUGUUUCCGCCGUUCGCGUUUGCCGGCGGGGCGCAGCAGCAGCCGCAAGCUGCGCCGCAGCCAGCCGCGCCGCAGCAGCAGCAGCAAGAAGCGUUCGCUGCGGCGCAACAGCAGCAGCAACAGCAGCAGCAGCAGCAGCAGCAGCAGCAGCAGCACCUUGCUGCACAGCAGCAGGCGGCGGCGGCGCAGCGGCAGCAGCAGCAGCAGCAGCAGGCGCUCGCGCAGCAGCAGGCGGCCGCGGCCCAGCAGCAGCAGCGGGCGGCGCUGGUCGGCCAGAAGCGGCCGCUGAACGGGGCGGACCCUGGUGUGUCGGCGGCGGCGCCCGGCCAUGCGCUGCACCCGGGGGCGCCCGGGGAUGAGCCGAAGGUCAAGCGGAACCGCCAGGACGAGGCGGCGCUGCUGGCUCGGAACACGGGCACCUCCCUCCUGGAGACCUUUGAGCUCGCCCAGCUGCGCGGCCACGUGGCGCGCGUCAGGGAGGAGGUCAACCGCCUGGCCGGCAAGAACGGCGCCAGCAGCGCGGGCGCGGCGGCGGCGUAUGCCGACCCCAAGGACGUGUGCACGGUCUGCCGGCAGUCCAAGUUCACGUUUGAGCCGCCGUGCCUGUACUGCAUCCAGUGCGGGCAGCGGAUACGGCGGGGCCAGACGUUUUACAGCACACCCACGGAGUACGAGAUCAAGGGGUUCUGGUGCCACGGCUGCUACAGCGAACACAAGGGCGACAGGAUCCCCUUCGAUGGCUCGCAGUCUGGCUUUGUGCGCAAGGCUGAGAUCGUGAAGCGCAAGAACGACGAGGAGAUUGAGGAGUACUGGGUGCAGUGCGACUGCUGCGAGGGCUGGGUGCACCAGAUAUGCGGCCUCUUCAACAAGGGCCGCAACAACGCCAACUCAACCUACCUCUGCCCAGACUGCCUGCACAGGGGCCUGGCCGGCGGCCUGCGCAAGCGCAUCGAGACGCGGCCGCAGUCGAUGCUGGAGGCCGCCGACCUGCCGCACUGCGCGCUGAGCCGCGCCAUCCAGGCACGCCUCGAGCGCCAGCUGGCGGCGGACCGCGCGCGGCGGGCGGCGCAGGCGGGGGUGGCGGUGGAGGCGGUGCCCGCGGCGGAGGGGCUGACGGUGCGGGUCAUCAACAACGUCAUGAAGAAGUGUGAGGUGCGCCCCAAGUUCCUGGAGCUGGCGCGCGCGGAGGGCGGCGCCUACCCCGAGGCGUUCCCCUACCGGCAGCGCGUGCUGCUGCUGUACCAGCGCAUCGACGGCGUCGACGUCGCCAUCUUCUGCAUGUACGUGCAGGAGUACGGCCCAGACUGCCCGGCGCCAAACCGGUGA